AGCCAAGCAGGUCGCGCGGAAGCAUGUGGCCCAUAGUGUUAGUGGGGGGGGCCCGGGUGGCUGCCGUCAAGUGCGGCGCGCUCGGGCCUCGCCUCGCCGCUCGUUUUCUUCCGCAGCGGACGCCCGGGAGCGGCUUGGCCCUAUACCGAGGUCUGCACGCGUCGGCGGUCCGGGCUCUCCCGCUCAUUCCCAUCGUGGUGGAGCAGACGGGUCGGGGCGAGCGAGCCUAUGACAUCUACUCGCGGCUGCUUCGGGAGCGCAUCGUGUGCGUCAUGGGUCCGAUCGAUGACGGCGUUGCCAGCCUGGUUAUCGCACAGCUGCUGUUCCUACAGUCAGAGAGCAACAAGAAACCCAUCCACAUGUACAUCAACAGUCCCGGUGGCGUGGUGACCGCGGGGCUAGCCAUCUACGACACAAUGCAGUACAUCCUGAACCCCAUCUGCACCUGGUGUGUGGGUCAGGCUGCCAGCAUGGGCUCCCUGCUUCUGGCUGCCGGCAGCCCAGGCAUGCGUCAUUCGCUACCCAAUUCCCGCAUCAUGAUUCACCAGCCCUCAGGGGGUGCCCGCGGUCAAGCCACAGACAUUGCCAUCCAGGCAGAGGAGAUCAUGAAACUCAAAAAGCAGCUGUACAACAUCUAUGCCAAGCACACGAAGCAGAGCCUGCAGGUGAUCGAGUCUGCCAUGGAGAGAGACCGAUACAUGAGCCCCAUGGAGGCCCAGGAGUUUGGCAUCUUGGACAAGGUCCUGGUCCACCCUCCGCAGGAUGGUGAGGACGAACCGGAGCUGGUGCAGAAGGAGCCUGUGCCAGCACCAGCAGACCCUCCCACCGGAUCAAGCACCUGAGAGCCAGACCUCAUCUCCAGGAACGUGGAGGGCCAGGGGCCUGCCACACCCAGAGGCUGUGGUCCGCUCACCUCUCACUGCUAAGCCCAGAAGGGCCCCUUGAACUUUGGACGUGGGGGUUGCCCCAAAGGGUGGGGCAGUCUGGCUGAGACACUGGUUUUAAAUUAAAUCUUUGUGGUCUUUGUUCUACUUCUUACUGCUCUGUGAUAUGUGGACAUGUGUGCCCUGCUAGGUCCUUCUGUUUCCCUAACUCCAAGACAGACCGUCCCUCCCUGCAGCAAACUCCUGAACAUACACUGAGACAUACUGUGAUGAAGACAAAAGAGCCAUCUUCAGUGUGCUUA